GGCAUGACCUCCACCAGCAGCGGCAGCGGCUCGGCUUCGGUGAAUGGGAUUUAUCGCUGACUUUCAAGCGCGAGAUUUGAGAUUUAAGUUACCGGUUUACAGCUGAUUUAAGGCGGCGUAUCAUCCGAAAUCAAAGCCACUGCUAAGGUGCAGUGAUGGGGAUGGGGAAGAGUAAAGAGGGCAAGAGUAAAGAGAGGAAGAGUAAAGAGGGGAAGAGUAAAGAGGGGAAAAGUAAAGAUGGGAAGGGGAAAGAUCCGGGACAGCGUUCCCUCAGUCUGGAUGGAACCAUGGGUAUGGGUUCCUCUAGUGGACACCAUUUCAGUUCCGGCCCCCAGACCCAAACGCCCAACCGGAGCCCGGCGGUGGGGUCCAGCACACGCAUAAACACCUACCAUCCCAACAACACAGACCACCCGCAACUGUUCGGGGGCGUGGACUACCCGGGCUCCAUCAUGUCCCCUCAGAGAGGAGUCACUACUUUCGUGGCGUUAUAUGAUUACGAGUCUCGGACGUCUUCAGAUCUGACGUUUAAGAAGGGCGAGCGUCUGCAGAUCCUCAAUAACAUGGAAGGAGACUGGUGGUUGGCUCGUUCUUUGACUACGGGAGAGAGUGGAUACAUCCCUAGCAAUUAUGUGGCACCAUCUGACUCCAUCCAAGCUGAAGAGUGGUUUUUCGGUAAGAUUACUCGUCGUGAUUCUGAACGACUGCUGCUAAACAUGCAAAACAGGAAGGGAACAUUUCUCGUUAGAGAGAGCGAGACAACUAAGGGUGCGUACUGUCUGUCUGUGCUGGACCAUGAUAACAUGAAGGGGCUGAACAUUAAGCACUAUAAAAUCCGUAAGCUGGACAGCGGCGGCUUUUACAUCACAUCCCGCACGCAGUUCACCAGCCUGCAGAGGCUCGUCCUCCACUACCGCGCACAUGCAGACGGGUUGUGUCAUGUACUGACAGAUAUAUGUCCCAUGCUGAAGCCGCAGACACAGGGUCUGGCCCGAGACGCCUGGGAAAUCCCCCGCGAGUCGCUGCGACUGGACGUGAAACUGGGCCAGGGCAGCUUUGCGGAAGUGUGGAUGGGGACGUGGAACGGGACGACGCGAGUAGCCAUCAAGACUCUGAAGCGCGGCACCAUGUCUCCUGAAGCGUUCCUGGAGGAGGCCCAGGUUAUGAAGAAACUUCGACAUGAGAAGUUGGUUCAGCUGUACGCCGUCAUCUCAGAGGAACCCAUUUAUAUCGUUACAGAAUAUAUGAGUCAAGGCAACCUGCUGGACUUCCUGAAUGGAGAUAAUGGGAAGUCCCUGAGGCUUCCACAGUUGGUUGAUAUGGCCUCUCAGAUUGCUGCUGGCAUGGCGUACAUGGAGAGGAUGAAUUACGUACACAGGGAUCUAAGAGCUGCCAACAUCCUGGUUGGAGAUAACCUGGUGUGUAAGGUGGCAGAUUUCGGACUAGCGCGACUCAUUAAGGAUAACGAGUACAUGGCUGGACAGGGUGCAACGUUUCCUAUUAAAUGGACCUCCCCCGAGGCAGCACUGUACGGCCGAUUCACUGUCAAAUCAGAUGUCUGGUCUUUCGGCAUAUUACUAACCGAGGUGGUCACCAAAGGACGAGUUCCGUACCCAGGAAUGGUUAACAGGGAGGUGCUGGAUCAGGUGGAGCGAGGGUACCGGAUGCCGUGCCCGGCAGAGUGCCCGAGUUCCAUGCACGAGCUGAUGCUGAGCUGCUGGCGUAAGGAGCCGGAGGAGCGACCUACGUUCGAGUAUCUGCAGGGCUUCCUGGAGGACUACUUCACCUCCACGGAACCGCAGUACCAGCCCGGCGACAACCUCUAGGGCUUCCAGAGAGAGUGAGAGAGGGCGGGGACUGGACUCGAACCCGGACGUAUGGGUACAAGUCUCAAUCUAUGUGUGUGUGUGUGUGUAUUGGAAAGGCGUAAUGAGGGGCGGAUUUUACAGAAAAGCUCUCUUUCUGCUUUGUGGAUGAAAAAGAAAAAGAUAUUCAGAACUCCUCCUCCUCCUCCAGAUCCUGAUUGGGGCAGUGAAAGACUGUGGUAAAGACACGCCCCUCUAUAAACUCCCGUCCUGUUCCAGGACUGUAUUUUUUUUCACCCAGCGGAGUACUGCCACGUGCCCAGAGGUGCCAAAGGACUAAUUCAUUUGUGUGCUGUUAUCUUCUCCUGCUGUUUUUUCAUUAUUUCAUUUAUCGGGGUGUGUUUCCUGCAGCAGUAAGUGUUUGGCGUUUACUUUAUUUACCGUACUUUUCCUCUACACACACUCUUAAAAAUGGCAGUGCUACUAAGGGCAAUAGAGCCAUAGAAGAACUGGUUUUGCCUCUAAAAAAAACCAAUUUCGUUAAAAAUAGAUGCUAAUUUGAAUGUGAAGAAUCUUUUUAACACUGUAUCUGGAGAACUUCCUGUCCUGAACAUGUUUGUUGUUUAUCCUAACCUAAUCAAGCUAAUAAUCAGAUCAUUUACAAAGCCACAGGACCUUCUUCCUGCAUUUACUUUAUUAACCCAACCUCCUUUUACAUCAGCUGUUUUGGUUCCAACCAAACUGAAUAGUCCAAAGGUCCAAACCAAGCAAGGCUGGUGUGAAAGCAGCCUACAAUGUGCAGCUUCUCCAGGACCUCUAUUCUCUAUUACUUGCAUGGAUACAAAAGUGGUUCUUCUGUGGCAUAGUUUUAAGAACCAUUUCUAGCACCUUCAUUUUUAAGAGUGCAGGCUAAUUAGUUCUAUUGGUACAAACAAAGGGCUGCUAUUGAUUACCCAUACAGCACAGGCUAAUUUAUUGUAGCUUUUAUUCAUGAUAAUAAAUAAAUAAAAUAAAAAAAAGAAAUCUUAAAGAUGCACAAUCAUAUCGCAACAAAAUAACAAAAAAACAUAACAAAAACGAAUUAAAGAUUACACAGAUGUGUAGAUGGGUCUCGUUAAGCUGAUAUGUGAUCUAUUUAUUCAAGUUCAUGAAAACAGAAAAUAAUUAAGCAUUUUUUUUUCAUUUAUUUCUCAUAUUUGGAGCCUCUAUUAAUACAUGUAAUACUUUUAAUCUUUCUGAUUCAGGUGGUUUCCGUCCCAAUUCCUAUACUUUUAAAAACUAUUAAACAUUAAUUUUCCUUUUGCUUUUUUUUGUUUGUUUUAUUCUAAUUUAAAUUGUAAUUUAAAUCACAGCUCAUGAAUAAAAAAAUUAAACCUUCAUGUAAUAAUUAUUUUUUUUGUUGUUGUUGAUUUUACUUAAACUACAAAUAAACAGAAACUGACUCCUCGCCUUAGUGCUUCACCGUUGCCUCAUAACCCAAAAUUGAGUGCAGUAUCACCUGCUUAAACCCGGCACUACCUGGGUACUCGAACAUGGAAAACCAUCCCGUUCUACUCGGGGACCAUAAAACGCACAAGAUCAGGCAUGUAAUAUGUAUAAUUCAAUGAUUAAUAUGCCUUACUGCAUAUUACAUUUAACACACCUUAACCUUAGGAACAAUGGUGUCAGAAGUGGUUGUGUUCAAAUUGGAUAGAAAGCUACGAUAGCUCCUCGAAACUGAAGACUGUGCCUUUCAAAAAGAGUAAAUCAGCUUGAAGUUUGCUACUAGUGCUAAGUGUCCUAAACGUCAUUCUCCUUCUUAGUACACUAUAUGGCCAAAAUUAUUGGGACGUCUGCUAAACUCAUUUAUCUUUACUGUCAUAACUUAAAUGAAGGGUAUUAAAUUAGUUUAUCUGUGUUUUGUUGGAGUAAAAGAUUCUGGUGUAAAAGCCUUCAGCAACAGGAGUACUGGAUAGAUCUCAAUCAUUCUCAGUUCUAGAGGGCUUCAUACUCCUAGACUGGUCCACACCUCGCAUUACUUGGCACGGUACCAGUAGGUCAAUGUUGAUCUGAGUCCUAUUCUAUUGGCAAUCCUUCUCUACACUGACUAGACAAGCUGUUUGUGUUCAUUUGCACAUCUUUGUCAGCGGAAGUGAGUGCAACCUCCAAGGACCUACAUGCCUUCAUUAAUUAGGGGUAUCCAUACAUAUAUGGACAUAUAUAGUGUAUGUAUUUUCAGUCUGAAGGUUUUGGAGAUGGAACAUUGGUAGGGUUCUGGUUUGUCAUGUAGCGCUGAAAGGUUUGAACUGGUUUGAAGAAAGUUGGUCACAUGGUCUAAUGUCAAAGGGGCCUUAUGUCUCUCCUCGCCUACGUCGUGCACCAGUCUGACUAUAAGGGGAAAUCUAUAAUCUUAUUUUCUUAUUUUUCUUCUUUUUUUUUUAAGCAAUCUAGAUAGUGAGACCCAAAUAUGUCAUACAUUUAAUGAGACUGUGCGUUUAAUGUGUCGACACCUUUAAAGCGUUUAAUCCGCUAUAAAAUGCAUUAUUUAUUUAUUUAUUUUAAUAGAUUUACAGCAGGUUGACUCUGUUUAAACACUGUUGCAGGACGUGUAUAUUCAUUUUAAGCUUUUAUUUUUAUUACAUUGCAUCUUAAUUAGGCCUGUCACAAUAAUUACGUUUGGUACAAUAUCAAAACAUAAUUUAUAUAAACAAGGACAGCCCAUUAUUGUGAAUAGAGAGAGAGGUUAUAUAUAUUCAAUACAAAUCUGCAUUGUAGAUUAAUAUUACUGUCAUCCAAACUAUGAAGAAAAACAUAUAGAAUUAUUAAUAAACAAAACAAAUAAGUGUUUUGUUGUAAAGCAGUAGAGUUGGUUCAGCGCUCCUAAAAAAGGCUGUAAUUGCAAGAUUAUGCUGUUUUAUUAUCAUUAUAUGAUGACAUGAUAAAAUGACAGAUCUUGACAAAUCCUAAAAUGACAAUAAUACUGUUUUUCUCAAUUAUUUGUGAGUAUAUUAAUACACCGUCCAUAUAAAGCUAUUGUGACAGGCCUAUUCAGAAUAGUCUGCCUCAUCAUUAAAACGUCAUUUCCCUGUGCUAAUAUCAAUUAAGUGACAACAUUUGCAUUGUGGGUCAUGUUAAUACACAAAAACUAAAGAAAUACAAGAAUGCUCGUUCAAAACUCUAAAUAUACAGAUGAUUAAAGAGAUCAUUGACGAUUAUUUCAGAUGCUGCCCUUUGUGGUAUAAUUACUAUCAUUGUGUUCAUAUGUUCAUAAUUUUUAUAAAUAUUUGUAUUAUUGUGACUGCUGACUCACCCACACUGUUCAACAAUUAAACUACUGAUUUCUUCUCUCUCUGUAUGCGUGCAUGUCUGUGUGUGUGUGUCUGUGUGUGUGUGUGUGUGUGUGUGUGUGUGUGUGUGUGUGUGUGUGUGUGUGUGCGCGUGUGCGUGUGCGCGUGCGUGUGCUAAAGAAAGCCAUAUACACUCAUACCUGCUGUUCAUUUCUGUAAUAUAAAGUUGUUUUUAAUAUUCUGAAUUUUGAACAUCAGUAAUCAGUCGGUUCAAUAUCUGUGAACGAAAUUUUGUGAGCAAUCAAAAUGGUUUAAUUACAGAUGUUUUUUGUUUCUUUCUUUGUUUUGGUUGUGGUGAGCAGAAAGAAGGGGCGGGGUCUUUUUAUAUGCAAAAAAAAUCUACAAAAAAAAUGUAAAAGGGGAAUCAAAGAAUGGUGAAAGGGUUUGUAAUGUAUCCAUUAAAAAGAUCUAGUUUUAGGACUGCAUGUUAAUAACGACACUGUACUAACAACUAACGUACAGCUACUCUGUAAAUACUGUUAUUAUUAUUAUUACCGGUAUUAUUAUAAUUAUAAUUAUUAUUUUCAUCCUGUAAUCUCAACUGAUGAAAGUGAUGCAGUGUGAAAAAUUGGGUGAGAUUGUAUUUUUUUUUUCAUUAUUGUCUUUUGCAUUUGUAUCUUUAAUUUUGGUUCAAACUCUCAAACUAAAAUUCUACUGGGGCUUUGUUUUUCUGUUUUAAGUGCACAUUCAUUGCUUUGAUUGAUUUGUAGUGAAGGAAAACCAAACCACCAAUUCUCUUCAUUUUAUUAUGUCAUUUAAGUAAAAGUUAAUAUAGUUUGUAUAUUUAUAUUUAAUUUUUCUUGUUUUGUUUUUUUCCAGAAUACUUCAGCAUUAAUCUGUCAUGCUUUUCUCGUAAACGUAAUAGACACAUUAACUUAAGAAGAUUUACAGCAAUAAUAAUAUCAGACUCUAUAAACGAUAUAGACUGUAGACUAUAGAUAGAAGCCCGUAAGGAACUGUAGCUACGCUUUGACCUGAUAUUUCUGGAGCAAUUUUUUUUUUUCAGUGCCAUAUUUUGACUAAUGUACUUGAUUUGUUUGUGGUUCUCAGGUAUUAAUAUCUGAAUUGUGUAUGUUGGCCUUUUUAUAAUUCACUUUGCUUUUAGAGAAAGGAACAUUGGUUAUAAUAAUAUUAUUUUAUUACUGCAUUAUACUAUAAUUUAGCUUGUUUACAACCAGAGACAGGACCGUGUAACAUUUCAGUUAAAUUUUCUGACCGAGUCUAAAUUUGAAGACAGUAAACUGGGGUUUCAAUCAUCCAAUUUUAUUUUUAUUUCUUAAAAAUUGCCUGAUGGAGGAAAACCUAUUUUUAUACAAAAUAUACAGUCAGAAAAUUUAACUGAACUUGUUAUAAGAUGCAAAAAAAUCUAAAUAAUUUCAGAAAUUGCAAGAAGAUUUGUUUUCUCAUUUUUCCUAGAAAAUUGGAAGACUAAACUGAUGAACAUUAAACUGACCAAAAAUGUUUAACAUAGAAAGAACAUUUUUUUCCUUUUUUUUUUUCUAAAAGGCUAAUGUGCUAACAUGCAACAUCAGAACAGCAUGAACUGUUAGCUUUUAUCUAGUGACACAUUUGCAUCCAGUUAUUCUUUAAAUUCUGAGAUUUUAUUUGGUCUCCAGGUCUUUCUCUACUGUAAAAUCCUUGUAUAAUAAAAAACAUUGAGUUUCUCAAAGCCUAUGCAGAAACUAGCCGGCUCACUCCAAACCGCCGGCCGUCACUCCUCCCGCCAUGCCGGAAUCAUUUUGUAACAUUAAGCUGUGGUGAAGACAAUUUAAGGGAAAGAACACAAAAUCAAUAUUGUAAUUUAAUUGAAUUAGUUUUUGUUUGUUUUAAUUUUGUUUUGGGGUUGUUGUGUUUUUUUUUUUUUUUGCUUGUAAUCUAGUUUGUUCAGGAUGGGUCUUCUUCCAUUGUAUGUUGUCAUUUUCAGUGGAUGUGCAAUAAAUUAUAAUUCAAGGCUGUUUUGUAAUAC